AUGUCUACCUGUCCCGCCACUCCUCUGUCCUCGCACAGCUCGCUCGGGCUGACGGUGGCCCUCGCCAAACAGCUGGUGACGUUCCUCCAGGAGCUUGAAAAACAGCACCAGAUGGACCGCCAGGCGGCGCAGGGGCUGCCCCGUCCGCUCGCGGUGUCGCAAUCUGCCGGGUUCGACGCCGACAAGGCCGGCUACGACCACGGCGACGUCUAUCCUCAUCUCGUCGCUAGCGACACCUUGGUGAAAUUCGACCCCGAAAACGAUAGUGUCAUCACCCAGGCCACCCUCAGAGCGCUAAUUGUCCAGCUCACGCUGCCCGACGUCAUCGACUACCCCUUGAUCUGCGAUUUCUUCCUCACCUACCGGUUAUUCGUCACUGGCGAUCGCGUCAUGCAAAUGUUGACGGCGAGACUUGUGUGGGCUCUCGAAGCCUGUCGCAGUCUUCUGGAAGAGAAACACCACCUCGGCAAGCUCGUGGUGGUGCGCACGUUCGUGGCGUUGCGUCACUGGAUCCUCAACUACUUUGCCGACGACUUUGUCCCCCACCCUUCCCUUGGUGAUGCUCUUGUCACUACAUUGAACCACAUCACUGGCUUAGGGCUCGUACAACAGGAUGAUGGCUCCGAAGCCCAGGUGCUUGUGGAGCUUAAAGUGCACUGGCUCACAAUGGUAGGUCAAUACUCGACGCUCUACACCGAUAUCGAGGACCUUGUGCGUUCUGGUCGCAUGCUCGACUACGAAUUACCUCCCACUACUCGGCUCUCGGCGUCUAAAGCAGAUCCGACGUGGCGACGGCUGGCCAUGCUUCUGUUAUACGACCAACCCCAACAGACGGCGCCGGGACUGCUAAAACGGCUCAUGUGCCGCCACCAGCUGCUGCAGACACUGUUGCCGCAACAGCUCGACGACUACACUGCCAAAUACAGCCUGCCGUCGCCUCCCCAGUCGCAUCAACCCCCGCAUAGCCACAUGAAUAUCGUGGAUCUGAGCCGUCCUCAUCAUAAUCUCUUCCACCCUGUUGAUUCUCCUAAGGAUCUAAGACCAGCAGCCCUGGGUUUCGCCACUAACGGUAGAGUGAAACUCCCCCUGGCAGUGGUAUCACAAAUCAUCCCCACCACACCAGUCCGCAAGAUGGAGGCGCUGCCCCUGCUGCAGGCAUUGCAGGCAUUGGCACCACCACCUCCAAAGUUUAACGAUGACAGCGACCUCGCUCGCCGGCUGCUGUUGAAGAAGAUUGUUGACGGCAUGAAGCGGACAUGGGCAGCCCUCCCUCAUCUGCCGAAGAUGCCCACGUCUACUAGUGAGCAAACGAUCACUCUGGUCCGCACCAUCACCAGUACCGAACCUGUCCCUGUCACUGGUAACCGCAUGGACGUGUUGGCGGCGCGUAUUGUUGACGAAUUGGAGCUCAUGGUUGAGUACUAUAACCAGCCACCUUCAAUCGCUUCGAGCGGACCUGCCGAAUCGGUGGCGGCGCCCGUGACCAAAUCACCUUUCGGCGCCGCGCUUAUUCGUGAUACUGGUAAUACCGAUCCGGUGAUUCUGCUGUCGUCACCGCAAGAGUCUCCUGCUCCGCUGUUCCAACAGCCAGCGCUGAUUAAUUGGAGCGAAGAUGUCCCCUUCGACCUGGACGAACACCACGACCUGCCGAUCAAAGUCACCAUCCCCAAGCUGGACUUGUACUUGGACUUCAGCCUGGUGUUGGAGGAUAAGCCGCCGCGUACGCUGUUUGAUCUGGUACUGACGCCGCUGAACUUCACUCAGUACAGUAACGACGUCAUCGAUCUCGGGAUCGCUCCCAGUCCUGCUAAACCGGGAUCGCUGGGGUCACGCAAACCCCUGAAUGACCCGCUGAGAAUGCUGAACUUGCUGUUCCGCCGCGACCUGGUAAAGCUGUAUUUGUCGUAUGACCUGGCGCUCUCAGUGCUGCGGGAAGUGGUGGUUAUGGAACAAUUUGGUGGUCUCCGCAAGAAGCACGGCUACGCCAACUUACGCAUGGCCACCGCCACUACGGAGACGGUGGAGUCGCAGCUGCUGGUGCCGCGCCCCCGUCUGCUUCGUUUGCUGACGCUUUGCGCCUUGACUGAGCUCCCGUUCCCUGAAGGCGACCAGAACCCGACCGAUCAGCUUAAUACCGAUGCCCUGCUGAUCUUUCUGAUCGCCGUACGCAGUCGCCUCGCCAGUAUGCGCUGUGCCCGGCUGUAUAUUCCCUCCGAUACGCUGACGAACUCGGCGGCGAUCCCGGGAAUUUCCUCCCAGGUGCUUAAACAAUUAGCCGCCAUCCCCGACGAGCUGUUUGCUGCCACUGACCCCGUGGAGUACGCUUUGAAUAAGCUUGAAGGAAGGUCACCGGCGACCCAAGCCACGCCGGCUCUGAAGGAUUCCAUUGCCGAAGACUUCAUCGCUGAAGAUCAAGUUGAUCUCUGUGUGGGCCCUGACGACGUCGCUCAAAUCAGACAAAUGCACCAGGUCCGAAUCGUGUCGCUGCAUCACUCGCAGCUGAUGGUACUGGUUCGCGCUUCGGGACUCGAUCUGACCCUGCCUUUGGCAGAUGCGGAAAACACUGAGGACAUCAUGCGGGCCAUCAAUCAAGCGAACACUCUAGACGUCGACGACAGUGCCUCAGUGCACACCCCGGAACCGCCAUUGACUCCCCACAAGUAUCACUUCGGUACUCUGACGCCGAGAGCGCUGGUGGGGGAACUGCCGCUUGAAGAACCGUCAAUCGACAUUCUGAUGCUCGCCAAAGACUUGCCGCAAUUGCCUGAGCCUCAGGCGCUUGCUGCUCCCUUCCACAGUCCCGGUGGUGACUCAAUGGCUAGUGAGCAGUUUCACUCCACCCGCAACACUCUCCAAAGCCAACAGUCAAGUCCCGACGUUACUGUUAUCCACCACAGUUCCAAGGCCAAGGUUUCCCCUGCCGCUGGUCCUGAGGCUGAGUCUGAGGCUCAACAAUUGCCGCCAGUGCCUCAAUUCAAUCUUGCUGAGAUGAUUGAGAAAGGCACUCACGUCUCCUUCAUCCACAAUUGUCCCGCCAAGGUAUUGGCGGUACACUUCACUGCCAUUGAACGCGAUAUUAUCCAGGAUAUCGACUGGAAAGACUUGAUUGAGCACAAGUGGAAUCGCGACUUGGCUCCGGUGAACCUGUGGCUUGAGAUCAUCGCCAACGAGGAAUACUACACCACGAAUCAGGGUGUAAACCUUGUGAUUGCCCGAUUUAACCUUAUGGUCAACUGGGUGAUUCUGGAGGUGUUGCUCACUAAAUCACAAUCCGAACGGGUCGGCGUCAUUCUGCGGAUGAUCCACGUUGCUCACCAUUGUCUUGUCCUCCAAAACUACCUGACAUUGAUGCAGGUGGUGUUGGCGCUUACCCUGGAAAAGCUCCACCGCCUCAAGGACACAUGGAUGCACUUGCACCCUGGCGAUAUCCUCAUGUUAAAGAGCUUGGAGGAGCUCACGCUGCCCCUCAAGAACUUCUUGAACUUGCGCAUUGCCAUCAACACCACGACGCCGCUGAAAGGGUGCAUUCCUUUUGUUGGUUUAUACCUUCUGGACUUAAUCUUUAACGCUGAACGGCCCACAUUCAUCAAGGCUGCUACCGACGAUGGGGAUAAGUUGAUCAACUUCGCCAAGUUCCGCACCCUGGUUCACAUUGUGAGACUGUUGUCCCAGUGCAUCGAGUGGCUGAGCAACUACCACUUGGAAAUGGUGCCUGAAGUCUUGCUGCGGUGUCUUUACAUCAAGAGCUUGGACGAGGACGAAAUGAACUACUGUGUCGACCACAUUGACGACCCAUAA